UGUCCAACCUUUAGCUGGAACUUUGAACAUCUAACAAUCCAGCACCACUGACAGUGAUUGGCUAACGAUUUAUAAAGUCAUGAUAUUAACCAUUUAAUGACACAACAAUGGAGAGAAGAACAGAAAGUGGACAUUCAGCAAAUACGUGUCUGAAGCAGAGCUGCUCUGGAUGCAGGAAGAAUCUGACUGAACUCUGGCUCCACCCACUGAUGAUGAAGUGGACCAAUCAGAUUGUUGGUGUGUUCAUGUUGAUGUUGAGGAGAAGGGCUGUGCAGCAGAGAGCCUCUUUACUGUUUCCAUCCUCCUGUAGAGCCAUGUUGCUUCACCUGCUCCUGUGGAUUUGGUUUCACUUUAUCGCCCUGGGCUCCAUGAACAGCAUCAACCAGGAAAGUAGUGAAGAAGUCGUUGCAGAGGGAAGAAGCAUCAAUCUGACCUGUAAAUAUGAGGGUGGUAUCUACAAUAUCCAGUGGUACCGAAAAUACCAGAGAUCCAGACCAGAGUUCCUGCUCCACAUCACAGAGUCAGGAUCAGUUCAUCCAACUCUUUCAGAUUUCUCAGCUCACAUCAACAAAUCACAGAGACGAGUAGAUCUGGAGAUCUCCUCUGCUGCAGUGUCUGACUCUGCUGUGUACUACUGUUCUGUGUCCAAAAGGACUGUAAGGAGGUGGACACAGGAGGCCCUGCAGGACUGCUUUGAGUCCACCGACUGGGAGGCCCUCUGUCAGCCUCAUGGGGAAGACAUCAGCAGCAUGGCGGACUGCAUCACAGAAUAUAUCAAAUUCUGUGAGGACUCUGCUGAACGACAAAAUGAGAGCUUUCAGGUCUGGAGACAAGGAGGAGCUAAGGAGGGUACAGCAUCAACUGCAGGACAAGCUGAGGAGGUGGAAGGACUCCUACAGGUGUCAGGAUUUGAGUGGUGA